AUGUAUCAAAGUUGGCAGCAACUGGACAAGAGCCUAAGCGCCUUGCUUGGUUUGACGGUCGAUAGGGCAAUCCUAGUCAAUACCCCCGGAAAUGUCAGUAACGAUGCGAUGUACGACUUCCUGCAAACCAAUUACCAACCCAAACCCAAGCCACAAUUCCCCCAGCUCCUCAAAACCCUCUCCCGCCUUCGACUCGACAAUUUCGCAUCGGUCAGUGGCUAUGCCCACAAAUUCAUGUCCGUCGAAAGCGAGAUGGAAUCGAUGCGACCCAAUGGUAUCUCGCAGACCGUGGUGAAUACAAUUUUCCUGGAGGGUCUUGGUCGAAAAUGGGAGGAAUUCAAACAGCGCAUGAUCGAGGACAAUUUCGCGACCAACGGGUUCACCCCCAUGCCAUCGGAAGAUUUGGUUAUGGAGGCUGAAGCCAUGAGGCUUUGA